AUGGCGUGCACUGCCCGAUCGUCUGAUAGCAGCGGUAGCAGAAGCAGGCAGGAUGCAUCCUUCUACACGUCGCUUUCGCCACACUCUCCAUCAUCUUUUUUGCCAGUUUUUACAUCUCCACCUUCGCGGAGCCAGGUGUAUGGCGCGCAAGGAUGGCAGGGCGUUGAAAUUGCAUCGCCGCCAUUACGUGAGAAGACUGAGAAACCAAAUGCGGUGGAACAUCACCCGGUGGAGCCCAAAGUUGCCGCCACUUCGGAACCACCCUGCAUUUUAUACUCGAAGGGUGCCAAAAAGUAUGGAGUGCCAUCGACUCCAACAGCCGUCUCCUCCGCAAGUACAGUGGGCUUGACGUGUUCAUCGUCGUGUAAGAUGCGCGAGAGAGACCCCAACACGUACAAGAGAGAUGUGGAGUGCAGAGUGGCGGUUGAUCCAGCGGCACAGCGAGAUUGGGCACGUAGCCUGCAGAGGUGUUUGCUGGAAACCGAGACAAGGGCACAGGAAUUCCGCGCUACUGCGGAACGACUAGAGCAGGAAGCUUGUGCAGCGGCUGAGGAAGUCAUACGUCUUCGUGAGUUGACAUCCUUGCAAGCAAAAAGUAUUGAAGAACUGGAGCAACGUCUUGCUUAUGCCCAGUUCGCCACCGCCGGCGCCAAAGAAGCCGAUGCAGUUGACCAAACAAGACUCUCCACAGACAGUGACGCAUCGUUGGAAGGUUUGUCUAUCGCUGACGUCAAGCAGAUUGUUCACUGCGCGGCAGAGGCAUUAAGACGCAUUGAAGUUGAGUUUGAGGCGGAGAAGCGCCGGCGGUGCGUCGUUGAGAAGGAAAAUAAUGCUCUUAGACGCCAAAUAUGCCUUUUAAGGCGGGGGGAAGUUGCAUUCCACGAAGACUGCACGACUUGCUGCGAAGAAGCGAGGCACAAUUGUGUCAUGGCAUUUGUGCAGGGUCCACUGCGGCGAUUUCUUGCAGAGUCUGCAGAUCUGCAGGAUAAGUUGAAGACUUCUUCCACGCGUCGCACAUCUGUACAUUCUUGA